CCUUUCCUGAUACCACCAUCCUCCUCCGCCUCGCUCGAUCUCUGUCUCUCUCUGUCAGUCGUCACUUGCUGCAACGAAUCUGUUUGUUUAUUCUCCAUUGACAACAGAAAUGGCGGCAGCUCUCGCUUCCAGAUUAUCCCGAGGAGGACGCUCAUUGCUCGGAGGUCUUAGCAAUGGUGGUUUGAUGAAUUCAUCUAAUGGAAUGAUGAAUGAGAGUAUCCUCUCUCAGCAGCAACAGCGCAGGACAUUCAUUCAAAUGGGGACAGUUCUCAAAGUCGUGGACAAUUCGGGUGCGAAGAAAGUGAUGUGUAUUCAAGCUUUAAAGGGGAAAAAGGGAGCUCGGCUUGGCGAUACUAUAGUUGCUUCGGUGAAAGAAGCCAUGCCAAACGGGAAAGUGAAGAAAGGAGCAGUUGUGUAUGGUGUGGUUGUGCGUGCUGCAAUGCAGAGAGGCCGUGUUGAUGGAAGCGAAGUUAGGUUUGAUGAUAAUGCGGUUGUUCUUGUUGAUAGUAAAGACAAGAAUACCAAAACUGAUCGCCAGCCGAUUGGUACGAGAGUGUUUGGUCCUGUCCCGCAUGAGCUCCGCAAGAAGAAACAUCUCAAGAUUCUUGCCUUGGCUCAACACAUUGCUUGAGAGUUGAGACUCAACAACACCUUAAACCUCCUAAUGUCCUUUUCUUAGGUUUCUAUAAUUUUUUUUGUGUGUUCUAAAGACUUACGAGGCUACGAACUUUAAUAAGAGGCUCCCAAGCUUUAGGCCUUUGUGGUUGUGCUUGGUUCAUAAAAAAUAUUAAAUUCAUAUAAAAGCCAAAAAUAAUUAAUA